UUCUGAACCGUAGAGCUCCGCUCAGGUCAAUAAACAAUCACAAACUUUCUCUACUUGGUGCUGAAGCUUCUUUGUCUAAAGGCAGCAUGGCAGSCAAGAAGUGUCCAGCUGUUCAGGUGGUGCUGAUCGUUCUGCUCGUCRUCAUGACAGCCGUCUGUGUGGCACUGAUUGUAGUGCUGACUACUGGUAAAAAAGACACAGCCCCAGGGCCUCAGGGCUCACCUUACCUGAUUGGAGUAGGCCGAUCUGACUGCACCGGACCGCCGGCUGAAAUCCCUCUGGUCAGUAUCAAGCCAUACCAAAUUAACAUGAAGCCGGGCAGGAUUUACAGGAACAGAGGGGAGCUGGACGACAACAGCCUGAACAGAAGUCCUCACUCCUACAUGAACAACCCAAAGGAUGAAAGGAACAGGUACAAGACGAACACAGACAAAGACGUGUUGGUGCUGAAGUUCACAGAUCUGGAUGGCGACGGGAUUGGUAUGAUUAGCUGGUUUGCUGUGCAUGCUGUCAGCAUGAACUACACCAACCGCAUGGUGAGCAGCGAUAACAUGGGUUAUGCUUCCUACCUGCUGGAGGAGGACAAGAACCCUGGAGAGCUGCCUGGACAGGGAAGUUUUGUCGCGGGUUUCUCCUCCAGUAACCUUGGUGACGUCACUCCAAACACCAGAGGACCUCAUUGUGUGAACACUGGGCUACCCUGUGACUAUCUCAACAGUUCCUGCCCAGUUGGCGGGACUGCAAUGUGUGUGGCAUCCGGGCCAGGAGAAGACAUGUUUGACAGCACAAAGAUCAUUGGACACAACAUCUACUUGAAGGCCAAGGAAUUGUAUGCGAAUGCAGUGGAAGAGGUCACAGGUCCAGUUCGGUUUGCUCAUCAGUGGGUCAACAUGACGGACGUGACCGUCAAGAUCAACGACACGCAUACGGUCAGCACAUGUAAACCAGCUCUGGGUCACAGCUUUGCAGCAGGAACGACAGACGGGGGAGCGUACUURAAUUUCACUCAAGGUUCUGUGGAAGGAGACCCGUUUUGGGACGGGAUCAGGGAUGCUCUGGUGGGGCCGCCGUCCAACCAGACAAAGGAAUGUCAUCAUCCCAAACCCAUCCUCUUCAGCACAGGCGAGUUGAACUGGCCUCUGCCGUGGCAUCCUCAGAUUGUGGAUGUUCAGAUCAUCACCAUCGGAUCCGUGGCCGUCAUCGCCGUCCCAGGAGAAAUGACCACCAUGUCAGGAAGGAGGCUACGAGAAGCGGUCAAGAAAGAGCUGACGUCUGUGAGCACCUUCAGGAACUCAGAGGUGGUGAUUGCUGGACUUAGUAACGUCUACACUCACUACAUAACCACGUAUGAGGAGUACCAGGUGCAGCGAUACGAAGGAGCGUCCACCAUCUACGGUCCACACACACUCACYGCUUACCUGCACAAGUACCGUGAACUGGCCAAAGCCAUCGCCCAGGACAAAGUGUCGGAGCUGCCUGUUGGCCCUGAVCCUCCCUUCUUCACAAACAACCUCUUUAAUUUAAUGGCUGCAGCAGCGGUGGACAGGAAGCCUGAAAACAGCAGCUUCGGAGACGUUCUGGAGCAGGUUCUUCCCGUCUACAGGCAGGGUGACGUCGUCUCGGUCACAUUUGUAGCAGGAAAUCCUCGACACUCAGGAGACAUUAGAGACCGGACGUUUGUCACCGUGGAGAUUUAUGACAACAGAACAGAAAGCUGGGAGGUUGUUUACAAUGAUGCGUCGUGGGAGACCAGGUUUCACUGGCUGAAGGGUUCAAAUCGAGAGAACAACGCCACAGUCGAGUGGUUCAUCCCCUCCUCUGCUCCUACUGGCUCCUACAGGAUCAGACACUUUGGACAUUACAAAGAGCUGUCAGGUCUGAGACCGGUCAUCGCGCCGUACGAAGGCUCGUCCGACGUCUUCUCUGUCCGGUCCAGCUACUAUCACUCACAUGACCAGCCGGCCCACAAACACAACUCUUGAUCGCAGAAGAACUUCCUCUGAACUCUCAGAAUCGUUCCAUCAGGAUUUCAGAAACGGUUGUUUAGAUUUAAGGAAUGAGCCGCAACACAUUGAGAAAGAUUAUAUUUCUAAAUAACAAAUUAUGAAACAUAAAUUAAUUGCUUUGUGUAUGUUGAUAAGAAUCUUUUGUUGUCCUUGAUUCUGUAGCAUUUCCAUUAAAAAAAUUACAUUCUCUGUUUCUUUGUGUCUCAUUUGUAUAAUCUUGUGUUUUUUGAGAACAAUUUCUCUCCGUACAUGUUCAUUCUGUUUCUUUGUAGAUGUCUUAUCCUAUUAUUUACGCUGUUGUUCCUCCCAUAUUUUUUCGUUUUUUUAUUUGUUAAAAUCUCUCACUUAUUUCUCAGCCUCAGCUAAAAGAUUGAACUCAAUUAAAAAUGACAAACUCACGUUUAUAGCAAAAAUAUUUAUUUUAAUCUUGUCUGUAUAGAAACGUCUCAGCCAGGCCAGGGUUAUACAUUACAGGAACAAUAAUAAUCGUCACAGCAGCAUGGAUAAGGUCACUACAGCAACACUGACGUGCAUUCGGCGGCUUCAGGAAGUCAGCGGACAACUAAACCUCGGUCAGGUAAAACACGUUUCAUCAGAGAGGUCGGGGGUUACAGGAGACUACCGAGGUUUCUUUGUACAUAACGGAACCCACAAGCUCGAUUAUGAUUAUUUUACACAUGCUUUCCCUCGACAACGGAGUACGUUUUGUUGUUUUUGUUUUGUUUUUUUUCUUUUUUAGUCGGCUGUCGUAUGAUUCAUCGUCACAAACUCGGGUGGGGGGAAAAAACGGAUUUGUUCUCCAGCUUCACUCGGCACGUAACUGUGAAAACGCAUCACAGUUCGGUUAAGAUCUACCGGCGCACAGACGUUACUCGUGUGAUGUUUGACAUUUGAGCCCUGCGGCCUCUGGAAGCCCUUUUUUUUUUUUCUCUACAUCUCGCACAUUCACAGAUUAUUUACAGAUUAUCCGUCGGCACUCUUAUCCCGAACAACUGAAACUCUAAUCUGUCCAAGAUGUGGAAAACUAAAUGUCACCGGAACAACUAAACCCGUUUGCAUAUUGAGUUUUUGGGGUGAAAAUGAUUUUUCCCUUUUUUUUUUUUUUAAAGUGCUUGGAUGUAUUAAAACAUGCAUCUCUGUUCAUUCAGCAGUCGGAUUAAACACUGAGCGAUGGACGUCCUCCUGCACUUAAAGUGACGUCACAUGUACAUCGAUGACGCUGGAGCGGAGGAUCCCUCCGAUGUUUUCCUCUCAAAACCAUUCUGACCAAAGAGCGACAAACAUUAUAUUUAAAUAUAACUGAAUAGUUAAAAAAUAAUUCUAAUCUUUUGGUUCUAUUUUAUAAUAGGAAGCAUCUCGUUCGGAUUGAAAACUAAUAUUUUCUUCCCUAAACCGGAGCUAAAAAGCGUAACAGAUUGUUCUCGUGUUUUGAGUCACAGCUUCUUGUCAACGUUGUUAAUACCACCGUGAUUAUUAAAGGCACAAAUGUUAAAACUAUAUUUCAAAAAAUAUAAAUGUAAAAACUAGUGUGGCUUCACAGUCGAGCUAUUUCUCCAGUCUGUUGGAACGCAAACUGAAUUUUGAUUACAAACAGUGAAUAACCGAAAAUAACCUUAUAUGUUAUUUACUGUUUUUAAUUUUGAAGCAAAGCUAUUAAAAAUAUAUAUAUUUAAGUUACACAUUUUUUUUAUAUAUCUUUCUUUUCAUUAUUAAUCUUUGUUUAUCUGCUUUGAGAAACUUGCUUACCGAUCCACUUUAUUCCUGGAUGCUGUGAUGCUUUUUCAUAGAUURYUGAAAACUUCACUAAGUAACAUUUUAGCAUGUAAACAAGCCGUCUCUGUUAGAGCAAAUAGUGAUUAAAAACAUGUGGGAACAUCAGCCUUUAUAAGUUAAAUGUGAUUUUUGGAUUUGAAUAACAUCAUCAUGCCAGUACUUUCAGGAUGAACUCGAAUGAAAUAAAAUUAAAUAUGUGUCCGUCUCGUCAGAUUCUGUGACGGUCGCAGUGAAGGGAAAAAGAAAAUAUUACUUAAUAUAGGAUUCAUUUGGUUAUUUCAAUGUUUUUAAGUGACUUAAGACAUUAGUUGUGCAUUAGACUAUUUUUUAGCAAUCAUUUCUAAAAUAACCAAUAUAUGGUCAAGCUUUGUCGGAUAGUUGUAACUAUUGCUAAAAGUAGACAUGUUCAGACAUGUUUGAGAUGCAGCUUGUUGGUGUGUGAUUUUUGUUAAAACGUACAAAAACGAAGCAUUUUGAAGCAGCUGCCAUUAUUGUGCUAGAAGUAACUAAUAUAGUUAAUCCCACAGCCAGGAAUAAGGUGGAUCUGAUGAUCUAUUUUUUUAAAGGUUGGUCGUCUUCAUGUGGUAAAAUAAAAUGAAAGCAUCUCAACCAUCUGUGCAACUUUCUUCACAAAUGAAAACGUGCUCAGACUCGUUUAUUU